AAGUUCCAUAAUAUCCCCCCUCCCCCCGCCCCCCAAAAAAAAAAAAUCUCUCCAUUCCCAUGUGACUCAGCUUUCUCUCUUAACUAGCUAUUUUCCUCUGUGUCUCUCUUAUGUCUCUUUUUCAGUCUUUUUUUUUUAUUAAGAUAAAAAUUUUUGGUCAUUCCUAAGAUGGACUUGAAACAGACAUUGACAGUGAUGCAAAUCUAAAUCCUCUCUAUCUAUAUCUCUCUUUCUCACUUGUGUACAACCUUAGGCUGUCCAAAACCAGACACGAGAUCAAACUGAAGCAUUUUUUGGAAGUGGGUUCUUGAGUUCAUCAUCAAUUAUCUGAGGUAGGAUUGUUGUGCUACUGUUCAUUCUUUUGUUUUUGCUAGCAAAGGAAUACCAAAAUCUUUGCUUUAGCUAGAGAGGGUUACUAAAAGAAGAGAAAAAUUUUGCAUUUUAUGGUUAUUAUAAUGAGGGAUUUUCCUUCUUGUUUUGGUGAAAACGGUGUUCAAGUAGCUGAUUCAUCAUCAUCAUCAUCGUCAAGUGCAGCUAAAGCUGCUCAAAACUUGGUGACUUGUGUUUAUCAGUGUAAAUUACAUGGUCGUUCAUGCUUAAUUACGGUUACAUGGACCAAGAAUCUGAUGGGUCAAGGGCUUAGUGUUGCAAUUGAUGAUUCGGCCAAUCAAUGUUUAUGUAAAGUUGAUAUAAAGCCUUGGUUGUUCUCUAAAAGAAAAGGAUCAAAGAAUUUAGAGGUAGAUUCUGGUAAAAUUGAAAUAUGUUGGGACUUGUCUAAUGCUAGAUUUGACUCUGGGCCAGAGCCAGUUGAAGGAUUUUAUUUGGCUGUUGCAUUUGACCAAGAAAUGGUGUUACUUCUUGGGGAUUUGAAAAAGGAAGCAUACAAGAAGAUUGACACUAGUGCUCCUCUCAUUUCCGAUGCCAUUUUUAUCGCAAAGAGAGAGCAUAUUUUUGGGAAGAAGUUUUAUGGUGCCAAGGCUCAGUUUUGUGACAAGGGGCAGAUUCAUGAUGUCAUAAUCGAGUGUGACACCGUCGAUAUUAAGGAUCCAUGCCUUGUUAUCCGCAUUGAUAGUAUGACAGUGAUGCAGGUCAAGCGGCUUAAGUGGAAGUUCCGUGGCAACCAUACCAUUUUGGUGGAUGGACUUCCAGUGGAAGUGUUCUGGGAUGUGCACAACUGGCUAUUUGGAAAUGCGAUGGGCAAUGCUGUUUUCAUGUUUCAAACUUGCCUCUCUGCUGAGAAAUUGUGGGCCAGCCAGUCUAUUUUUGACCCAUCUGUAUUGCAAUGGUCUUACUCUCAAAAGUUUAGAGAUAGCCAAGUACAUGGUCUUGGUUUUUCAUUAAUAUUGUAUGCUUGGAAGCAUGAAUAGAAAGUGUUAUUUUUCACUUGUGAGAUUUAGAAAAUACUUUCUGCUAUGAUUUUCACAGAUAUGUGAUUGAAAUAUAGUACAUGCAACCUAGAAGUCGUGCUUCAUUUGUUGUUGUUGUUGUUUUUUUUUUUUUUGUCAGUUCUUCACCAGC